UUCUUUUUUUUUGUUAUUGUUGCUACAAAAUUACAUUAAGAACAGUUGAGUAAAUAAUAAUUGUGGGGAAAUAUAGCGAUUAAACAUCUGGACAAAAAUUUGUAAACAUAUUAGAAGAAAAAGAACGAUGGUUAUCAGAAAAAUGAAACGAUGAAAAGCAAUCACUAAAGGCAAAACAGUACUUUCACCAUUCCUCUACGUCUAUGGUCAGAAGAAUUUAAAUGCGAGUAAACUGUCAACCGUCAACACGAACGUCAGGUUACAUUGAAUACACGACUAUGUUUGAAUAUUAACUCUUCAUCAAAUAAUUUUAGCCGUGUUUAAUAUUUCCACUUUAUAAAAUGUCACAAACACCAAAAGCCAAAAAAGAAAUGAAAAGUGCUGGGACUCAAACCAGUAAGACUAAUACUGUGUUAGAAAUAGCAAAUUUGCAAGAACAAGUAAAGCUUCUUACAAUUGAAGUGCAGCAUUUAAGGAAAUAUAUUUUUGAAACGCCUGAAACAGUUCAGAAAUCUAGAACCCCAAGUCCAGUAAAUCUUAAUAAUGUAGAUGAAUUUAAUCAAACAGUACAAAAUCAAAGUGCAUGGAAAAAGGAUACAAAGAUAAUACAGCAUGGUUGUAGUUGUAAAACAAAAUGUUCUUCCAAAAUUUGUGGUUGUGUAAAAAAAAAUAUUCAAUGUACAGGAUGGUGUAAAUGUAAUAAUAACGUUUGUGUUAAUCAGAAACAUGAAAACAUAGAUCAAAACAAAGAAAAUUUAGAACAUAAUGAAUUAACACAUAAAAACAUAGAUAAACCACAAAAAGGAAAUAAACAUAUAUUAAAUGUUAAUGUACAUAAAAGUCUGUUUAGUCCAGAUGUAACAAUGCAAGAGACAGAACCUAAUGUGGAGCAAUAUAGAUCUACAUCUCUAUACUUUGGCAAUCCAAAAAGAUUAACAUUUCAGGCGUCAGAUGAAGAACAGCAACCGAAAGAAAAAGAUAGAAAAUCAAAAAAUAAAACUACUCAAAAGAAGAAAAAUAGUAUCAGGAAAAACAAUCUUGAAGUAAAUAACUCUGAGACUAAUCAAAGGCAUAGAUCUACAUCUAAUGAAGACAUACGAAGAUUAGAUAAUACAAAAAUAGAGAAAUGUGCAUUAAAAAAAUGUAUCUCUAGCGAUAUUCAGACAAACGAGGAAUUUAAACAAAUAAGCAAAUGUAAAAUUAAUUAUGUUCAAAACAUAAAACAUGGUAUGGUAUCUCUGAGACGUCCUCAGCAAAGAUCUAAAAAGGUUGAAGAAAUAGCAAUCAGCAGUACUGUUGAUUCAAAAGAGGAAACAGGUUCUCCAUCAAUAGAAAAUAAUACAGAAGAAACGAUAAAAGAUAAAUCACUUGACAUAGACCAAGACAGAAAUGAUGAUUUUGAUCCUAUGAAACCUAAACGUGAACUAGCUAGAACACCAGUUCGUGAUAAUAGCAUAGAAACAGUACUUUGUAAUACUAUUGAUAAGUCAUUGGCCAUGUCUAUUAUUUCCACAGAAGAAGAAGAACCUGUCAUUCCCGCAGAAUUCAACUAUGCUCAAGUGGAUUGGGAAAAAUAUCAAGCUCAGCUUAUUGCAUGUAAUAAAUGCCAUAGAAAGUUCCAUCCAUUUAGAAUUAAGAAACAUGAAUCUUGCUGUAAAAAAAUGUGAUCUGUAAUUUUGACAUAUGAAUAUGUUUUCAAUUUCUAUAUUAACAUUUGCAGUAUAAGUAAACAACAUAUAAUUUUUUUAUAUUUACAAAUAUUAGACAGGUUUAAUAAUAAAAUAAAUUUCUUACAACUUUGGCCCAUUUAAUAUAAUUCUACUAUCAGAAUCUACUAUACAAUGUUUUUCAAAUAUCAACUAACAGUACAAUAAAACUACCUACAUACAAUAUUAUAUAUAUAUAUAUAUAUAUAUAUAUAUAUAUAUAUAUAUACAUAUAUAUAUAUACAUAUAUAUAUAUACAUAUAUAUAUAUACAUAUAUAUAUAUAUACAUAUACAUAUACAUAUAUAUAUAUAUAUGAAAAUGAUUGUAUGUAUACAUGUAUGUAAUUCCUACGUGCGGGUGGGAAACGUAUACACGCAUAUACACAGAAUAACACACAUAUGCACGCCUUCAAAGUCAUACAUACCAGCAUUCAACACUGGUUAUUAGAAUUUUCCACAUAUUUUCUAAGUUUUAUCUAUCGUACAAUUCUAUGUAAUUAAUAUUUUUUUCAUGUUUUUUUAUACAUCUCUAUGUAUGUACAAUUUGGGGUCAAAUUAUAUAAUGCACAUAUGCUUCAUUGAUAUAUAGUGGAUUUGCGAAAAGACUAAUUUAAAACAUUCAUUUAUGUGACAUUGUAAAAUUAGCAAUGGUUUGCUUUUUUCUAAUGCUUAAGAAGAUAUAAUUUGGUACAUUAUAACAAAAUGGUAUUUUUUUACAGUCUCUUGAGAAGUUAUAUGAUCAUUAUGUGUAUAUUAAAUAAUGUUUCUUUUAUUAAAUUAGCAUAAAAAUGAAAUUAUAAGAGCAAAUUGUAUUGCAUAAUUGUAUUGUAAGAUAAAAUCAUUGUACAUACAUAAGAAAAAAGCAAUAUUGCCGAAAGUUAUGAAAUUAAUUUUAUUUUCAUAUUACAUAGCGAUAAUCAAAUUUAACCGAUAAUAUGUUUCGAUACUCUAAUAUGUGAUUACAUAUAAGUAUAAUGCUUAACUUCUCUUUUUUAGAUACGAUGUAGAGUAUAAACAGCAUAAAUUCGAGUACAUUUCGAAAUAGAACGUAGCUCUGAUAUCUUGUAAUAAAAUACACAAACACCAACAAAUAUGAUUAAAUAUAAUACUGCUCCAAAUAUAAAAUAAAAUUUCGUAUAACCGAAGCAAACUUAAGAGGCACCCAAUAUGUGUGUGACUAGAAAUUAUACUUAUUUUUCUACAUGAUGAAGUAAUCACUUACUUCAAUUGUACAUAAUUAUAUAAAUUGUAAUCCUCUUGAUAAAAUAAUACAUUUUUCAGUAAUAAGAUUCAUCCUGCUCUUAAUUUUAGUUCAUUGGAUAUCACUUGUAGUUAUUUUAAAGAGAUAAAUAACAGUAAAAAAUUUCAAAAUUAAUAUCUACAACUGUUAAUUAGAAUUAAUUGUAAGCAUUCCAAUUCCAUUGUAAAACUAAGUAUAAGCUUUGUUUCUUGUAUAUAUAAGUAGGAGUACAAAAGUAAAGAUAGUUGGCAAUGUUUUAUUAGAACUGGCAUGUAAUAAUGACACACAGAUAUUAUUUCCGUAAGAUACGUGAUAACUCUUUUUAUGCGGCGCAUAGUUAAGAGAUUCAAAUAUUGGAAUUCAUUCACACCAUUCCCAGCAUUAUCUACUUUUAACCUUUAUAUCAAAAGCAUUCUUUUUGAAAGAAUACUCAUUAACAUUGUGCUCACAUUGCAUUUGACUAGUAACAAUAGUACUUUACUAGUACCACCUUGAAACAAUAUUUCGCGAUAUUUAAGCUGCGUUUAUCUCAUUCUCAGUUUUUAAUCGCCACACUAUUUCUUAUUCUUGUUCUUUAUAAAAUUUGUGCCUUUAGAAAAAUGGAAGUGUAUCGAUAGAAUACAAAUGGUAGAAUUUGUUAUCCAUAUAGGGAGACAAUUUCUUUUCCUAAUACCGCGAUCAUUAUAUUUAUACAAAUCUUUGUAUGUUUCGUCGGUAUUCAUUGAUUCUUCUUAACUGUCAAACAAACUUAAUUUUCCCAAGUAUAUGUUGCGUUUGCAAUACUCCAUCAUUUUUAAAACUCUACAAAACACUUAUCCAAGAACAUGUUUUUAAUUUAUCUCCCUCUUUACUAUUAAUUUUACAGAUGCAUUCAUGAUAUAUCAAUUUGCGAACAAACGAGCGUAUUCCACAUUUAUGACAUUGCUUACAAUAUUACUGCUGGUUUUAGAGUCUAUGGUUUCAUAACCAUCUUACAGUUAAUAACACUUUAACGUAAUUAAGGUAUUGUCUAUUAUAAAUUUAUGAGUUUUAUAUCGAUAGAGGCAGCGAUCACAAAGGGUGCACUGCAAUUGCGUAUUUUUCCUUUUUUUUUUGUAAUACAUAUAUUCUUGAAUUUUGAGAUUAUUAUUGUUUUCAGUUCUAUAGAAUGGAAAAAUAAAAGACGUCUUUCAUGAUACAGUAAUAAAUUAUAUACCGUUGAUAAUUUUUAGAAUAAAUUACACCGUGUAUUAUUACUGCAUUAUGUACAUGAUGGUAUUAUAAAAAAGAAAAUAAAAGCAUUUUAUUAAGCAAUAAUUAUACGUAAAACAUAAUGUAAACAAGAACAGUACAAAUAAACGGUAUAAAUAUAAUUUUUUGGUUAAUCUAAUAAUAUUAAAUCUAAUAUUUUUCCAUUAACAGUAUUGACAUCUUGUAUUAAUUUUUAUCAUAAUUUAAAAUAAAUAUUAACAAUAAUUAUUUAAUACAUUCAAAUAUGAGAAACGAUAUAAGCGUUAUGACAGAGAAAUGAAUCGCAUAAAUAGCAUAAUAUAUAUAUUUUAUAUAUUAUUAUUCUUAUUAUUAUUAGUAAUAAUUACUCAAGAAAUUUAUUAAUUAUAGCUUCAUUAAAUUAAAAUAGGAAAGAAAAAAAUCACA